CGCCCGCCUCCCUCCUUGCAAAAGGCGAAGAUGGCGUUGGCGCGGCUUGCAUGCAACGGCUGGGCCGGGCUGGGGAGGAGCGCGUGGCGGCGGCUGCCCCGGGCCGGCUUCUCCUCCUCCUUCUCCGGGAGGCCCGGCCGAGGCUGGAGCCGGCCUUCCUCCAGGCUCUGGCUGGGGGCCGCCUUCGCCCUGGGAGCCGCGGUGGGCACCGGCCGGACACUGCACCGCCGCUUCGGAGCCCAGGAACAGCUGGCCGAGCAGCACCGGGACGGGAUCCUGCCGGACAGCCAUCUCCAUCUGACGCUCUAUCAGUAUAAAACCUGUCCGUUCUGCAGCAAAGUCCGAGCUUUCCUGGAUUAUCACCGGCUGCCGUAUGACAUUGUGGAGGUGAACCCGGUCAUGAGAAAAGAAAUCAAAUUUUCCUCCUACAGAAAAGUCCCCAUUCUCCUCAUCGAUACGGAGAGCACUCUGCAAUUGAAUGAUUCUUCCGUGAUCAUCAGCACCAUUAAAAGCUACCUUAUAUCCAGGAAGAGUUUGGAAGAAAUCGCCUCUUACUACCCUUCCAUAAAAGCCAUAAAUAGCGAAGGGAAGGAGGUGGCCGAGUUUGGGAACAAGUAUUGGUUGAUGCUGGACAGCAAGGAGGCGCUCUGUGUUUAUCCUGUUGAGGAAGCAAGGAAGGAAGAAAUGAAAUGGCGGAAAUGGGUGGACGAUCGGCUGGUCCACUUGAUCUCCCCCAAUGUUUACCGCACGCCGGGUGAAGCCCUGGCCUCCUUCGACUACAUCGUGCGGGAGGGGAAAUUUGGCCUGGUGGAAGGCUUUUUUGCCAAAUACGUGGGGGCGGCCGCCAUGUUCUUCGUCAGCAAGAGGUUGAAGAAAAGGCACCAUAUGCGGGAUGAUGUCCGACAAGACCUGUACGAGGCAGUCAACGAUUGGAUGAAAGCUGUUGGCAAGCACCGGAAAUUCAUGGGAGGAGACCAUCCUAACCUCGCCGAUUUGGCAGUCUACGGAGUCCUACGGGUUAUGGAAGGGUUGGAAGCUUUUGGCGACGUGAUGGAGCACACCAAGAUCCAGCCUUGGUACCAACGCGUGGAGGAUGCCAUCGGGCAGGGAGAGGCAGCCCGCUGGGCCCGGUGCUGAGCCUCGAGGAGCAAGGUUUUGCCUUGCCUAGGGAAAGCUGUUUCGAUUUAACGCCGUGUAGUUCUGCGCAUUAGACUGGAAGAGGACUAAAUCACGGGGAGAAUCCCAAGCAAGCAGACUGGAGAUACGGAUUUAUUUUGAUUUUAGGCAAGAGGUUAGAAAGAACCCAUAGGAGGCUGUGUUCUUUGGAAGCUGGAUUUUGAGGCAAAAGCAACUUAUCUUCCCUUGGUCACUUUGCAAAACAUGAAAUUCAAGCGCGGAUGGAAGGAAACGAAUGCUCGGACGCUAUUAGGAAGAAAGCAAGAAAAGAUUUUGAAUUGUCCCAAACGCUGCCUUGUUCCAGCCAGCUGAAUUUAAUCUAAGUAACCAGUUUACGGAAGGAAAUGCUUGCUUUUUUGUGAUUGGUUUUAACGGUUAUAUAUUCUGGGAUGUCUGUUAAAUCAGGAUUGAUUUGCAACGGAGGCAGAGUUUCUCUUCAAAUUGCAAUCCCUUGGGGGACUGCUGUUUUUUUUAGAAGCCUCUGGAUUGCUUAUAGGUGACCAUUAUAGACACAUACGAUGCUUUUACAAUAUUACUGUACAGUUUUGAAGAGUGCAGUUGGGGGGCAUGUCUUAUUCUGAUUCAAAUAGGAAAUUGGGAGCAGACAUGUGGGGAAAAGGGGAGAUAAGAUCCUGUCCUUAGAAUUUUAUGGGAAAACUCGGGAUUUAGCUAACCUUAAAAAGUGGGUCAUUGGUACCAAUGCCAGAAUAGUUCAGGUGUCAUUCCUGCGCGCUAUUUUUAGCCUAUAAAUUUAUUUCCUGUGGCUAUGAUAGAUCAAGGGAGCUUGUUCACGGAUGAAAUAACCUGCCACGUUGAUACAGCUCUAUGUUUCGAGUGUUUUAGAAGAGGAGGAUAGACGUGUUUUAAGAAUUGGCAACUCAAAUCAUUCCCGUGAAAUUAAAAUGUGAUCUUGGUCAGAAGGAUUUGCAGUCAUCUAACAGCUCCCAAGCUGUUCAAGUGGGUGGUUUUAGUGAAACAGUCCUUUGCUUACCAUCCCUGCCUCAGGCACAACAUUUGAGAAGUAAAUGGAAGUCAAAUGAGUGAUGGCUUUGU